AUGGAUUGGCAACUAACGUGUCGAGUAUGUUUAGAAACUGGCGAUAUGGUUUCUCUAUUUGAUUGGGAUGAAAAUAAUGAGCAACUUGCAGACAAAUAUUCCUACUGCAGCGGUAUAGAGGUUACUAAAAAUGACGCAUUACCUACACUUAUUUGUCUAAAUUGUGUGGAUCGUCUAACAUUUGCUUAUCAAUUCAAACAACAAUGUAUUACUUCUACGGAAACAUUAAAAGAAUGUCUCGAAGAAUUUACGAAGAGCCAGGCUGAAGUUUCAGUACCAAAAAAAGAAAUUAGUGAUACAGAAACAAUAACAAUUAAACAAGAGAAUGGGUUACUCCUUCAGUAUGAACUCCCAGUGGAACAUGAUCCACAGGCCCAAUGGACCCGAACUGUUACAAAGACUCCAAGCAGUGCAGUUAUUACUAAAGCACCAGGUCCAAGAAAAAGGGGACGACCAAGGAAAUAUCCUAAUGAACAGGGACAAAUCGAUGUUUCACCAUACCAGCGCAAAAAACCAAAGGAGUCACAAAAGGAGGAAGAAUCUCUUACAUCACUGCUUGCAUCGGGCUCAUUGGAUCUAAAAGAGGAGCCUUUAGAUGAUGAAGAGCCUUUUGAAGCAGAUGGUUAUGACGCAACUGAUGAUCCUGAUUUCAACCCUGCAACUGAAGAUCCAGAUUCUGAACCAGAGAUUAAGAAAGAGCAAACACAACCAAGAAAACGCGGUCGACCACCCAAAGUCCGCAUAGACUCAGCAAAGACAAAAUCGGACGACGGUGAAGAUGUACUGCUAAAGGAAACAAUCCUGGCUUUCUCUGAGCCCAUUCCAGACCAUAUAUUGAACCCAAAGCCCAAGAAAAAGAAACCAUAUCAGCAAAAAAAGAAAUAUUCAUAUGAAAAAACACACACAUGUGAAACAUGUGGUUCUUCAUUUACGUCCAAUGCUUCCCUCCAGGCGCAUAUACGACGUCAUUUGGGCAUAAAGCCUUUUGUCUGCAGCGUUUGCGGGUACGCGUGCGUUUUGAAUAUGGAGUUGCGACGUCACAUGAUGCGUCACACGGGCGUGCGUCCGUACAAGUGCCGCAUUUGCGACCGACGCUUUGGUGACUUUGGCAGUCGGCAGAAACACGAGAGGUUACACAUGGGACUUCGGCCUUACCAGUGCUCACUGUGUGGGAAGGCCUUCACCUACUCCUAUGUGCUGGCUAACCACAUGCUGACUCAUACUGGGGAGAAGAAAUAUUCAUGCGAGCCUUGCAAUAAGAAGUUCACAAAGGCACACCACCUCAAGUAUCACAACAAAAUCCACCAUAAGGAGCUUUAUAUACAGCAGCAAUUAGAGCAAGAAGCAAAGAAGAUAAGACAACAGUUGAAUGUUAAUAAUUUGUCUGGAGUUAUAUCUGGGCAGAUUGUUGACGGCACUUUGCAACUUGUGCAAGCUUCUUCUGAGGAUGGUGAGCAAGAAACACAAAUGGAGGUGGUUGAAGAGCAAGAUCAGGACGAUAACGAAAAGGAGACUAAUCGCGCUGUUGCUGAUAUGCAAGCGGUCGUUCUUGAUGCAGAAUUUAUAGAGGAAGAAGAUAGCAAAGAUCAAUAA